UAUUUGUGUUUCCGCUUUCAUUUUCGAUUCUGGCAUGCAAAACAUUUCAUUGUAAAUGAUGAUUUUAAUCAGAUUAGACAAGCAUGAAUUGAUUUCACGAACAAAAUAUCUUUUAAAUGUUAUAAGUCGUCCUUGCAUAACGGGAGUUUGGACACAGAGAUGCAGAAAAUGCUCAUCACGGACACAGAACCGACAAGCUCAGUCAUUUUCUGUUACAACACCUAUAUUUUAUGUAAAUGCAGCACCACAUAUGGGCCAUCUAUACACUUGUGUUUUAGCAGACGCUGUGGCCAGAUACCACAGACUCAAGGGCAAACAAAUUCUGUUCUCUACCGGAACAGAUGAACAUGGCCUAAAGAUACAACAAGCCGCUGAUCAAAGUAAAGAAUCUCCAGCACUAUUUACAACGAAUGUUUCUCGUACGUUUAAGGAAAUGUUUGACUGUUACAACAUAAACUAUACAGAUUAUAUCAGAACUUCAGAGCAGAGACAUUUUACAACUGUGCAAAAAUUCUGGACUGAGCUGGAAACCAGGGGAUAUAUUUAUAAAGGAUCUUAUGAAGGUUGGUACUCAGUCUCAGAUGAAGCUUUCCUUACAGAAGUUGAUGUUACAGAAGUGGUAAAUAAAAAGGGAGAGAAAAUCAUGGUAUCAAAGGAGAGUGGUAACCCAGUAACGUGGAUGAAAGAGGAUAAUUACAUGUUUAAACUCUCUGAAUUUACUGAGAGACUGCACAAAUGGCUUGACACUGGAGUGAUACAGCCGGCCAUGUUUACUCCUAUAGCACAGCAUUGGUUGUCAAACCCACAGGACCUGUCUGUGUCACGACCCAGCAGUCGGCUGUCUUGGGGAAUACCUGUGCCUGCUGACAGCUCUCAAACAAUCUAUGUAUGGUUGGAUGCACUAGUUAACUAUCUUACUGUGUGUGGAUAUCCGUCCCUAGAAAAGAGGUGGCCAGCUGAUGUUCAAGUGAUAGGGAAAGAUAUACUGAAGUUCCAUGCAAUUUACUGGCCAGCAUUCCUGAUGGCUGCAGGCUUAGAACUCCCAAAGAAAAUUUUCUGUCAUUCUCAUUGGCUAAUCAACUGUGUGAAGAUGUCAAAGAGUUUAGGUAAUGUAGUAGACCCUAUGGUUGUGAAAGAAAAAUACUCAGCAGAGGUGUUCAGAUAUUAUUUGCUGCGAGAAGGUGUACCCCAUUCUGAUGGAAAUUAUUUGGAAGAGAAAGCCAUGGAGUAUGUUAAUUCGGAUGUUGUGAACACAUUUGGUAAUCUUCUAAGUAGAUGUACAGCGUCGGCUAUAAAUCGUGAUCAGAUUUACCCCAGAAAAGACCAGGAUACCUACAUUAGUUCAAUAACAGCGGCAGAUAGGGAAACUUUUGAGAACAUCGAAAUACUUAUUGACACAGUGGAGGGAUAUUAUCAAGAUAUGAUGAUGUACAAGGCCAUAGAGAGCAUCAUGUCAUAUCUAAGAUGGGCGAACGGUCUAGUUGAGAACCACAAGAUUUGGGAUCUUGCCAAAUCGGACCAAGAAGCAGACGUUCUUCACCUCAAAUGUGUCCUUCACCUUGCAUUAGACACACUUAGAGUGAGCGGAAUCUUGCUACAGCCUGUGAUACCAAACAUAUCUGAACGCUUGCUGAAUAGGCUCGGAAUUCCUAAGGAUAGGCGAACAUUUGAAUGUGCAAGGAAACCAUAUUUGAACUCUCCGGAGCUACCUUUAGGACCGAAUGAAGGUGUUCUGUUAAAAAGAUUGAAAAUAAAUUAGUAGAUAUAAUUA